AUGCAUUACCUGUGUCUUCACGGCGCCAUCGGCAACAUUGAUAAUAUCAGUAUCCAGCUGGGUAAGGUCGACCCCAAGUCGAUUUCGCAUCUCCUGCUUUUCUCAAUUAACGGUCUUGUUUCAGCGCCGCUCCAGAAGGAACUGGACUCCGACAAUAUCAAGUUCAAUUACAUCAACGGACCGGUGCAGAUAACCCCUCCCCCAGGUUUCGAGGAAUACUUCGGCGUCGGCCCACACUACCGAUGGACAGAUGACGGUGGCGCUGCCGAGGAUUCCCUGAUCAGCCGAGUCCGUCAGAUCCCCGUUGGUGACAAUUCUGAGGAUAUCAUGCGAGACUUGGUCGGCGAUCGAGAGAUCGUCUGGCUCAAUUACCAACAGGUCCUGGAUUAUCUCUACGAUACUCUAGAGAGAGACCCUGAGAUCAGCGGCAUUAUUGGCUACAGUGAGGGCGCUGGAAUAGCAGGCUCGUUUAUUCUGGAUGAGCAGCGACGAGAGAAGGAAGAAGGCCGCCCUCGUCGGAUCAAAUCCGCCAUGUUUGUGACUGGGUGGCCUCCAGUCGUCCCAGGCCGGGGUCUCAUUCUUGCCGACGAACAGGAAGACAUGCUUGACGUUCCCAGUCUCCACGUUAUUGGAGCGAAUGAUCCUUUCCGUCACGGUGCUUUCGCCUUAUACAAUAUUUGCGACCCCGAUACCGCGGUCUUCUUCGAUACCGGCAAAGGACACACCAUCCCACGAUCCGGCAAAGUAAUUACCGAGCUCGGAGAUGCGGUCCGGCAAUUAGUUGCGCAGGCGGAUGACGAUUAG